AUGCGCGCCAUGCUCCCCAUGGCACGAGUGCUGCGGCCACGACAGUGGCGAGCAUUAGCUGCAGGCCGCGGGAAUCUCACGGAGGCGAUGUACAAUUGGCGUGUGGCUGCAGUGGACAAUGCCCUCAAAAAGAUGGGCAAGGAGACAGGCCCGCUGAACGUGUCGGACCUCACCGCACUGGGGCACUUGGACCAGUACCACUACGGGGGUGUGGAGGCCAACGACCACGUCAUCGAGCUGCUGGGCAUUGACGACACGGUCCACUGCUUAGACAUUGGUUCCGGGAUUGGGGGCCCUGCCCGAUACAUCGCUAGCAGGACGGGGUGCAAGGUCACCGGUGUGGAGCUCCAGGCGGACAUCUGCGAGGCCGGGGAGCAGCUGACAAAGCGGGUGACGGAGCUCAAGGGGAAGGUGGACUUCCAGGUGGGGGACAUCAUCCAGCUCUCCAAGAGCAAGGCCAUCCCCGAUGAGAGCUUCGACCACUUUCUGUCGCUGCUGGUCUUCUUGCACAUUCCUGACCGUGCAGCGCUGCUGGAGGCCUGCUUCGCGGCUACCCGGGAGGGGGGGACCUUUGUGAUCGAAGACUUCGCGGCGAAGCCUGGGAAGUCCUUCACGGAGCAGGAGCGGUCGAGUUUGCUGGAUGUGGUCUUCGCCCCCACGGUGACCACCCCGGAGCAGUAUGUGGAGGACUUGGAGAAGGCUGGCUUUGUGGACAUCCAGGUGGUGGACCUGUCCGCGCAGUGGCAGAAGUGGACCAAGGCGCGCCAUGACCUGUACGGGGAGUCCAAGGCGGAGACGGUCAGCAUGCACGGAGAGGCGAUCUUUACCUCCCGGCUGAAGUUUUACAAGGUCGUCAUGGACCUUUUCGAGGGGAACCUGGGCGGCGUGCGCAUCACGGGGCGCAGGCCUGGGCGCCUGGAGCAGCGGCUGUUGGCCGGGCGGCGCAAGGAGCUGCAGCACGUUGGCGGCGUGAACGUGGUGGAGGGCAAGGCGAAGAAGAGAAUCUCGGAUGAGAUCAACAUGCUGAAAACCUUGAAGCACCCAAAGAUCAUUGCCUUCAUCAACGCUUGGACGAACAAGCAGCAAGAGCAGGCCAGACUGGAGCUGGUGGUUGCGCUACCCGGAGUGUGCUUUAUCACUGAGCGCAUCACUGGUGGGUCGCUGCUGCAGUACAUCAAGCGCAUCAACGCGCCGCUGAAGCUGAAGGUCAUCCGCAACUGGUGCCGACAGAUCCUGGAAGGCCUUAACUACCUCCACACUCGGCCGGACCCCAUCAUUCACCGUGACCUGAAGUGCGACAACAUCUUCAUCAACGGGAACCGCGGGGACAUCGUCAUCGGGGACCUGGGCCUCUCGACGACGCUGAAGCAGUCCUGUGCCAGGUCGAUCGUCGGCACCAUUGACUUCAUUGCUCCGGAGAUUUAUGAUGAGAAGUAUGGCACUGCAGUAGACAUCUAUGCGUUUGGCAUGGUGCUGCUGGAGAUGAUCGGCCGAGAGCAGCCUUGGAGCGAGUGCGAGCGACUUGGCUCGAUUGUGUGA